GGGCCGUCGGUGAAGAAACGACCGAGGCGGCGAUUCGACCAGAUCGAGCGGCUCUACUUGUGUGGGUAUGAUGGAUGCGACAAGUCGUACGGGACGUUGAACCACCUGAAUGCGCACGUGAGCAUGCAGAAGCACGGGCAGAAGAGGAAGCCGGAAGAAUUCAAGGAUAUCAGAAGGGAAUGGAGGAAGAGGAAGAAGGAGGAC